AUGCAACGGGUCCACGACCAUCUGUUGUUAGAGGAGGAAUACGUGGAGAACAUGGAGCGCCUACGCAAGACUAAGGCCCAGGCUGCACUGGAUACUGCGAGCCGUGGUGAUCUUGACAUCAUGGACAGAAACGCCGAUGAGAGAAGCCGCGUUGACGACAUGAGAGGCAGCCCCAUGGGUGUCGGCAACUUAGAAGAGUUGAUCGAUGACGAUCAUGCGAUUGUCUCGAGCGCGACUGGUCCGGAAUACUACGUGUCUAUCAUGUCGUUUGUGGACAAAGACCUGCUCGAGCCUGGUGCUAGCAUACUUCUGCACCACAAGUCGGUCUCGGUCGUCGGUGUGCUCACUGAAGAGUCUGACCCCCUCGUGUCAGUGAUGAAGCUCGACAAAGCUCCUACGGAAUCAUAUGCCGAUAUUGGUGGUUUGGAGACUCAGAUUCAAGAAGUCCGCGAGUCUGUCGAGCUUCCACUGCUCCAUCCGGAGCUGUAUGAGGAGAUGGGUAUUAAGCCACCUAAAGGUGUGAUCCUUUACGGUGCUCCCGGUACCGGAAAGACGCUAUUGGCCAAGGCCGUCGCGAACCAAACCAGUGCAACUUUCCUUCGCAUUGUUGGUAGCGAGCUGAUCCAGAAAUACCUUGGAGAUGGUCCUCGUCUGGUUCGACAGAUUUUCCAGGUUGCGGCUGAGCAUGCGCCUUCUAUUGUUUUCAUUGACGAAAUCGAUGCGAUCGGUACGAAGCGUUAUGAUUCCACGUCGGGUGGUGAGCGAGAAAUCCAGCGUACUAUGCUUGAGCUCCUUAACCAACUUGAUGGAUUCGAUGAUCGGGGUGAUGUCAAGGUUAUUAUGGCUACGAACAAGAUCGAAACGUUGGAUCCUGCUCUUAUCCGUCCGGGUCGUAUUGACAGAAAGAUUCUUUUCGAAAACCCCGACCGUAAGUACUUCUCGAUGUCACUGGGUGAUGAUGUCGAUCUUGAUGAGUUUAUCAACCAGAAGGAUGACCUCUCAGGUGCCGAUAUUCGGGCUAUCUGCACUGAGGCUGGUUUGAUGGCUCUGAGAGAGCGCCGGAUGAGGGUGCAGAUGGACGACUUCCGUGCGGCCAGAGAGCGGAUCAUGAAGACAAAGCAGGAUGGAGGUCAAGAAUCUAUUCUAGUGUAUUCUUACGAUGAUAGCAGUAGUGGGAUUCUGGCGAGGCAAUUAUGCAAAUGCUGUUAUAAACCUCUUGACUGCAUUGAAAGACCCAGUGCCAUAAUGGAAGGUUUUGACGAGGAGGCUUUCAAGAGAUUCUUUCCGACCAGUUUUGGCCGACAAGAGAAGAAAGCUGAUGUGAACGCGCAGAUCGAUCGCACCAAGCGCGCAGAAGUAUCUGUUAAGCCUGAUGGCGACGACGAAAAAGCGGGUUUUAUUGAACAGUCAAGCGCUGAGGUGAACACCAAGGCUGCGGAAGAGAAUCAGAAGAAUGGCUCAGGUAGCGACGAUGGGAGCGAUGACUCCGAUGAUAAUUCCGAUGAUGAAGACGAGUUUCCGGUGUCCCAUGAACUCACUCUCAAGACACACGACCGCGCAGUGACUACCUUGACCGUGGAUCCCUCGGGAUCGCGACUGAUUACCGGCUCAACUGAUUGCACCAUCAAGCUACAUGACUUUGCGUCCAUGACACCAUCGACCGUACGCGCAUUCAAGUCCGUCGAUCCUUCAGCCAAAAAGCAGUCCGCUGCCCAGGAGGCGCAUGCCGUGCAUUACGCUGCGUUCAACCCCUUGUCCCCUAGCUACGUCCUGGUCGUUUCUGCCACGCCGCAACCGAGAGUUUUGAAUCGCGAUGGCGAUACAAUUACCGAGUUCGUGAAGGGUGAUAUGUACCUGAGAGAUCUUCACAACACCAAGGGUCACAUUUCUGAGGUGACCAGUGGGGCGUGGUGCCCAACCGAUGAGAAUUUGUGUGCUACGGCAGGAACAGAUAGUACAGUGCGCAUCUGGGAUGCCAAUGUUGGCCGGUCACAAAAGGAGGUAAUCGUACACAAGUCGAAGAUGGCGGGGUCCGCUGGUCGGAGCAAGAUGACCGCUGUUGCAUGGGGUACACCAAAGCAGGGUGGCCCUAAUGUUCUUGUUGCGGCUGCACUCGAUGGUAGCCUGGUGAUGUGGGGUGGAAAUGGGCCACACACUCGGCCAAGUGCAGAGAUUAGGGAUGCUCACACUAAGGAUACCUGGACGAGUGGAAUCGACAUAAGCUCGGACGGCAGACUCGUCAUUACUAAGGGUGGAGAUGACACGAUCAAACUUUGGGAUACUAGGAAGUUCAAGCAACCCAUCACGACGGUCGCCCAUCCUUCUAGCACUCGGUAUACAUCGUCAAAUAUCAUAUUCUCGCCGACAUCGGCCAAUGUCCUUACAGGGUCAGAGACGGGACACCUGCACAUCUUGAACCCAGCUACACUGAAGCCGGAGCUGGUCACACCCGUCACCCCAGGAUCUCCAGUAAUCAGCGUUCUAUGGCAUGAGAAGAUGAACCAGAUCAUCACCGGCUCAGCAAAUGCCGAGACUCAUGUUCUGUACAACCCCACUAUGUCGACUAAGGGUGCUGCUCUAGUUAUGUCCAAGGCCCCGAAACGCCGGCACAUCGAUGAUGACCCGAGCUUGACCAUGGACCUUACGCAGGGUAUCUCUGGGGAUUCUGUGGUUGUCGGGUCCAAUGGUGUCCCUCAUUACAGCUCAGCCACCUGGUCCGCUCGUCAUCCGACUAUUGGACUAACGGCGUCUGGUCGUCCGAGGGAUCCACGGAGACCUCACCUGCCGGCCCAGACACCUUUCGCAAAGUCGCAGCCCGAUGAGAAACAUAUCCGGGAGAAUAUUCCCCUCAGUUCCAUGCGGGAUGAGGAUCCUCGGGAGGCUUUGCUAAAAUAUGCAGACAAGGCCCAAAAAGACCCAAUCUUCACCAAGGCGUGGAAAGAAACACAGCCUACGCCCAUCUAUCGGGACAUCAGUGAUGAUGAGGGCGAACAGGGCCCUGAUAAGAAGAGGGCAAAGCGUUAAAACAUUGCGAUGGAUUGGAAUCGAUAGAUCUACUUAUUCAAUUGUAAGGCUGUUCAGAAUGAUGUGGACAAGCCGCAGCAAUCUGGAACAUGUGUACAUAUAUAUUUGGAGCAAGGGCGGGCGUUGAGCGUGACUUGCCCCUUGAGGCCGAUAAAGUGUGUUAAUAAUCAACCGCCUCAAACCAUAUUCUAAC